UCCACACGUGGCCCAUAAUAGAGGCGGAUGAUAAUUAUAACCAGAUGAUAAAUCUAUGAAUAAACCCAGCUUAUUCCUCACUCAACCUGGGGAAACCUGGCCAACAAACCCAUCUCAUUUGACACUUUCACCGGAUCAUUCAGUCUCCGUAAGAACAAAAUGCCGUUGGUGCUGACAGGAAUCCAUCGCAGAAGCGCUUAGUCGAUUAUUUUUGGAGGAGGGGGGUCGGCGACUACUGCGCGUUGGCGUCCUUGCACAGCCCACGAACCCUCGAAAUAGCGGCAAACCACCAAUCAACGACACUCGCUCAGCACCAAGGCCGCUAGGAUGAGGCUGGUAAACAAGACGGAUAUGCCAUCUUCCGUAGGAUGUUGACUAUUUUUGACUGUGCAGAGCCUCUGAGGCUGUCUUGUUCCUGGGUCUGACAGCUCAGCAUCGUGAGUCUUGUGCCUGGGUUCAUGUGGUUAUCUGAUGGUGAGAAUGGGUAUAAGAAGAUGGUGGUAUCCGGUUGAGAUUGGAGAUAUCAUUCAUAGCAUCACUCAAGCAUUACAAGCAUUACAAGUCUUACAACCAUAACAAUCUCAUCUCAUCUCAUUCUCCUCUUCAAACUCUAUACUUCAAUAUCUCAACAUCAUUCACAAUGAAGUUCACCACUGCUCUCGUCUCCGCCGUCCUGGCCUUCACCUCCUUCGCCGAGGCAGCUCCUCGCAACACUCGACGAACAGACUCCAGCAAGCCUCUCAGUCUGACUGCCCAGCUUCGACUAGCUGAUACUGCCGCUGACCGCUUUGCUCUUCUCCCCGAGGACGAUGACUUUGUCUUUGACUUCAACAAGAAGCAAGAUAACCCUGGAAAGGGCGGCGAGCUCAUCGCUGCUAACCGUGCCAACUUCCCUGCUCUUGUUGGUACUGGCGCUGGUAUGGCCUUUGGCAGAAUCGAUCCCUGUGGCAUGAACACUCUUCACGUUCACCCUCGCUCCGCUGAACUCCAAGUCGUCACCUCUGGCCGCCUCAUCACCGAGAUGGUCCCCGAGAACGGCGUCCUCGACAAGGAUGGCAAGCGUCGUGUUAUCCGCACUGAGCUUACAGCCAACAUGAUGACUCCCUUCUACCAAGGAUCUAUCCACACCCAGUUCAACCCCGACUGCGAGCCCGCUACCUUCAUUGCUACCUUUGCAACUGAGGACUUUGGAACUGGUCAGAUCGCUGAUGAACUUGUUUCUCUGAGCGACGAUGUCAUUGCUGCUACCUUCGGCCAGAGCAUCGCCGGUGAGGAUAUCGACAAGGUCCGGCAGGCUGUCCCUAAGAGCAUUGCUCUUGGUGUUGAUAAGUGCCUCGAGACCUGUGGCCUUAAGAAGCGAUCCAUCUAAAACGGGUCCUCCCUUGUCUUUCUUUCUUUCUUUCUUUCAAGGCAUAGCAUGGAAUGAGCAUGUGAGCGAUGUUUCUUCCCCUGGCGUUAUUCUGUAGUUCAGUAGUAUAGACGGAGAUACCCUAGUUCUACGCAGUAGAUAUUGAUAGGAUCCGGCAAUCUGUUUAUUUAUAGAUAGCAUUUGGUACAUAUUAUACAAGUUUUUCUUUCAUCUA